UUACCCUCGCUGGCUUAUACCUCACUCGACAGAAGCUUUGUGCUUUUUGGCCCCCCUUCUGUGGAUACCUUUUUUUCCCCAUUUAUAAGCUGUUUGUAUUUAAUUUAGUGUUUAUGCAUCUGUACAUGGUGUAUCAACAGAAUUGUUGGAGAUAUCGGUUUGUCAGUGUUUACUUGGUUGUCUAUCACACAAUGCAGCCGUUAGCAAAAUGUGAGGAUUUCGAUACCUGCUCGAGGCUGUCAGAAAACUUGAAACACCAGUGCUAAGGUGACGGCUUUUAAUGAGGAGGGUCAGCCUGUUUGAUUUGAGGCAGAGAAUUCUGGGAUAGCUGCCCACACUAGAAUACCACACUGGUCUGUCUGCAUGUAGAGACUGGUAUGUGUGCUGCGAAAUACUGUGACACAAUUUGUGAGCCCACCUUUUGCUGUGUGUAGUUGGGAGAGGACAACCCACAGAGCCACUGGCACAGCUGUGAGGUUUUAAACCCACCACAGCAGUUCCGGUCAGUUGACUCACAGAGAGACUGGUUGUACACUCCCUGCACCCAAACACCCCCAAGGAUACACAGUUAUUUCCUUGUCCAGUCCAGUGGGUAUAGUUCAAUAGGAAUGUGUGUGUAUGUACAUGUGUCAUGUACCUUUGAUUGACCCACUUUUUGUGUGUCAUCAUGGAUCGGUUUUCUGUAUUUUGAAUCACUUGGUUUGUAAAAUAGAGGUGUGUUUUUCUUCACUGGAAAAUAGGCCAGCACUGCCUGUUGAAUAUUAAUCCAGUGAAGUCGGAGGACUCACCUGUUUGGAGUGUGGAAUUUGUUACUGCUACUAGUUUGUGUGUUAUUUCAUUUGGAUAAUUGGAGAAGUUUUUCCUGUGGAUAAUUUUGUGGAGUACUGGGAUUUAUUUUUUCAUGAUGGACAGAGAAAGGGGAGGCUCGAGACGAUUUCAUCGGUAUCGGAAUAUAAUGCACAGUCUGAAGCGGAGGCUCAGCUUCCGGAAGAAGAAAGACCCCGUGCCAGAAUGUUCUAAACCUCACCAGUGGCAGGAGGAUGAGAAGAAGGUCCGGGAUGGAACGUGUAGCUUCCAAGUCAGAUAUCUUGGAUGUAUCGAGGUUUUUGACUCGAGGGGUAUGCAAGUCUGUGAGGAAGCCGUCAAAGCACUUAAAGCAGGUAAAGGCAAGUCACAACGCGCAGUGCUAUAUGUGUCUGGUGAUGCUCUGCGAGUGGUCGAUGAAAUCAGCAAGAGCAUGAUAGUUGAUCAAACAAUAGAAAAAGUUUCUUUCUGUGCACCUGACCGGAACCACGAGAAGGGCUUUGCCUACAUCUGCCGCGAUGGAACAACCAGACGAUGGAUGUGUCAUGGAUUUAUGGCAGUGAAAGAGUCCUUUUCUCCGGCCAUGUUUGGUCAGGCCAAGGGAGAACGAUUGAGUCAUGCAGUUGGUUGUGCAUUUGCAAUUUGUCUGGAGAGAAAGCAGAAACGAGACAAGGAAACGGGAGUGACUGUUCAGUUCAAUCAGGACCGAACCAGCUUCACGAGGACGGGAUCAUUUCGACAGACGACACUCACAGAGAGACUGGAGGACCCACAAAGUGCUAUUCUUGCAGAACCGGUACCAAUUAAAAAAAUUGACAACCCUUACGCAGUACAGCGACCUCAAGCUUCGGCCUCUAUGCUGUACAGACAAGGAUCUUUUAGGGGAUUUGAGAAACUGCAAGAAACAUCAUCACCGUUUAAACGCACAGUUUCGUUACGAUUGAAUGAACUUCCAUCAACACUGAAGCGGCAGAAUGCAAUACUUGAGUCGCCUACACAAAAUGGUGCAGCUGUAGGUGGUACGAUACACGAGAUAUCUCCUGAGGAACAAGAGGACUCGAUUGCUCAGAUGUGCCAGCAGCUAACCCAAGGCUUGUCGGCUCUCUCCACAGAAGACCCGUUUGCCAGUGCCCCGCGCGGUGGUCUUUCCCACCAGAACUCACUGCCACCAUUCCAGACAGGUCCUAUGCAGCCACCAUUAAUACGACAGCACACAUUACCUGCGGCUCAAGGCUUUCCUUCCCAUCCACCUCAGCCCGCCACCAAUCCAUGGGCAAUGUCAUCAAAUCAAUGGGGAGACCAGCCUCCUGUAGCUACUUCAACAAACCCAUUUGCCAUGCCUCCAACACAACAAACUCUGUAUAACCCCUCUGUCGUACAUACGUCUACUGUUCAGACUUCUGCUGUGAACGGUUUGCCUUCGCAUCGCAUUGCCUCUGAGCACGCUGUUUACCAACAGAAUAUGGCUUCCACGCGACCCGUGGCUCUCCACAACCUGCGCAGUCAUUCCAUAGACAGUGGACAGCUGGCGACGUCGAGCUGGCAGGAACAGAGGAGUAGGAAUCCUACAUUACUACAGUUGGCAAGUCAAAGAAGUUUUCAACAUAAUGGGAGUUUAGGAGAUAAAACUAACAAUAACAACUGGAACGGUAGUAGGUCGAGUUCUGGAAGUGUGACAAGCCCAUCGGCUCCUGGUGUUGAUCCGUUUGAUGUGGCAUGGGCGGCAAAAGCAGCAAAUAAACAAAACCCAAAUCCAUUUGGUUCAAAGACUGUUAAACAGUUCGAAGUGCAGUUAUAAAAGAAAGAUUUUAUAUAGGUAUCGAAAAACAGUUGUUUUAUUGGAUAUUCAUCAAGUUGGAUUACCCUGUUUUAAUCACACAUUGUAUUAUGGAGUGAGUGAUUGAGAUGCCUUUCUGUCAUUGUUUUAUGUUCAUUUUAAAAUGGAAACCAGGAAAUAAUAUAUUUGACUGGAAAUUUACCACAGAAAAGUGUUUUCUUAAAGACAUGGUAAUAUUUAUUUUUUAUCAACAGUUUUAAGUGAAGUUGAUGAAAACAGACUUUUUUUUUGUGAAUGUAAUCCUAAAAGCCAAGACUUUUUUAUCAUCACCUACAUUUUACAUGGUGACUCCCAUACAAACUAUGAUAUUUGUAUGGUAACUCUUCUGCCGAGAGCAUGGACAAAACCGUGUUAUGUUCCAACUAUGGUUACUACGUGUUAAGGAGUACUCUGUGAUCACAGCUCAUUUAUUCACAUGGUUAUAGGAUUCCACCAUUUAGACAGAAACUGUUUUAUUGUGCACAUCUCUGUGAUGAUUCGGCUGGGCUGUUGUGUGCUUCUUUUGGUGGCUGCCUUGACAAUGCAUAAAACAAUAACGCUAUAAUAUGUGUAUGUGCGCAUCUAUGGUUAAAGAAAAUCAGUCACAGGUGUUGAUGCCAUAUUCAUAACAUUUCACCUCAAAAUUAAUGAAAUGUUAACUAUGAAUAGCUUAAUAUAACUUGAAAUGCAUUUUUGAAUAUGUACAACUCUUUAGCAGCUAUUGGCUAUUAUUAACAUUACUGCACUAAAAAGACUUUGAUAUGCUCUUGGCAAACAAAAAACCGUUUGUGCCAUUCUCAAAUAUAUAACCAUACGUUGGGUGGGAGGGGGAAUGACCAGCAUUUCUUUUUUAAAACAACAAACAAAAAGGGUCGAUUUACCCCUGACACAAAAUACAUGUACGUUGUUUUCAAAUACUCUUGAACAAACUUUGAUAAUAAUUUCAUCUCCAAUUCUUGAGGCUAAAACAAAAUCAGUGUGGGUAUUUCUGGCUAUUAAUGUAUUCAAAACCACCAACUAAAUCCAGGUUAGUGUGGGUAUUUCUAACAAUGUAUUCAACACCUCUGACUGAUUAUCUGAAUUGGUGAAACUUAGUUAAAUUACGCAUUGGUGCAUGUUUGCGUUUUAGCAGUGCUUUUUGUUAAUCUGCCAAGUGAUAUCCUUAGUUGUUACCAAUGUAUGCAGUACAUUUAGCAAAUAACUGGUCAACUUCAGUUAGCUUACAAUGUUGGGAAGGGGCUUUAUUGUUAUUAUUAAUAAUGCAGUAUUUUGAUGAACAUUUAUUUUUAAGGGGAGUGUGGGGGUGAUAUUUAGUAAUGCAAGACUUAACUACAAAACUACAAUAGUUUCCUUUAAAUGUGAUUGUUAUAUAAUAUCAAACUGUUAGUAAUUAGAAGUGAUGGUUUUAACUAGGUCAUAUAUGCUAUCUAAUCGGACAGCAGGACUUUGCACCCAUGACAGGGGUGAAACAGUUAACAGAACUAGAGUGUACAUGUAAAUGCAUCUUGUAAAAUAUAUAACAAUUUGCACAUUCUGAAACCUUGAGUGUCAUUAUAAAUGCCUGCUAAUUAUGUAAAGUGGCAGCUGCCAUCUUCAAGCUAGGACUCAAUGUGGUAUACAUUACUCUGUGUGAAUUUUAGUUGAGAAAUAUGACACUGGCUUUGAUAGUAAAUUGUUUUAUGGUUCAUUGGGUAAAUCCUAGUUCAUUUUGCAGAACCAUUUGUUAAAAUUUCUCCUUAAAGUUGUACAUGAAAAUCAUUUCUUGUCCACUAUGAUUUUAUAUAAAACAGAAAUUUAAUAGUAUGUAUCUCAUCACUAAUUUGUUAUAGCAUACAAACAGGCAUAAAACUGCAAAGUGGGUGAGUGGGCGGAGUACUUUUGUGGAAAUUUGAAUACACACUUCGCAAAUCAAAAAGUUUUUGUACAGUUUCCUAGAACUUUUUCUGAUGAAGAAAAGUGAUAUAUUUUCAAUAUAUAAAUGUCCAGGCUUAUUAAUAUUAGUACAGUGCACUUAUAUACUCUGUACAUUUGUUAGUACAUGAUAUAAUAAUAAUAUAUAUAUAAUGCCACUAGUAAAAUUCUAGCAGAUAAUUAUUUUUUUAAGACCGAGAUUAUUCACUGCAUCAGAUGGAGAUCUUGUUCCUGGGUGUUAAGUAGCACAUAUAGAUUUGGAUUAUACAUGUAUACAGUGGGUAUCGCCCAAAACACAUAUAGAUUUGGAUUAUAUAUGUAUACAGUGGGUAUCGCCCAAAACACAUUUUCAGAUUUGACAAAUAUUUAGUUUUCACAUUUGGAAAUGCAUAAUUUGUUUAAAAACUGAAUUUGCCGAAAUUUUAUGGAAUGUAUUACACUGUGAAAAGGUACAUAAAUACAUUUUUAAAAAACACUUUGAGAAAACUGAAGUCACUGGAUGCACAAGUAGGUUCCUUAAUAAUCAUAUUCUAAGCAUGUGCUGUAAGUUUUCUUGUUUUUGUGCAACCAUAAAUCAGUUGUAAGAAAUGUGUAGGUGUCAGUAUUGUACAAACCCUAAUAAACUACUAACUCAUUUGCUUACUUCAGUGUUUGAAUUUUUAGCAUAAUUUUCACUAUUUUGCUUCCUCGUUUUAGAUAAGAGAUUUGUAAAGUACCCAGAAGUAUGGUAUGUUUAGCAUGAUAUAUUAAAAUAUUAAGAGAGUAAUAAAUGAACUACUACUGUAAAAUGUUAUGUAUUUCAUGACAUAAUUAUUCCUUUGUCACCAGCUUAAAUUUGAUGAAAAUGGUUUCACGAUGGGUAUGAAUUUGUAUUUAACUGGUAAUGACUUUACUGUUUUAUUUUAUAAUCCUGCCUGGUUUUAAUUUAUUUUAUUAUUGUUAAUAUGUUUGUUUGAAUUUUAAAAAUGGACAAAAACAAAUUAUAUUAAUACUUAUGUGAAAAUACUUCUGUUACUAACCCUAGUUCCCUAUGUAUGUACCUUUUCUGUUUCACAUUUAAAUUGAAAUAUUGAACUACUACAAACACUAGGACAAUAAUAUUACAAAUGAUAAAUUUACCAAAGUAAUUUUAUAAUGUAAUGUUACAGUAAUAACCCUGUAAUAGGUGAAACUAUUUUACACUGCUUAAUAAUUGGGAUUGGUGCCAUGAAUACCAAAGUGAUAUUCAAAUGUUUUGAAAAAAAUGUUUAUUAAUUCCAAUUUAACUUUAGACUUAAAGCUAUUAAACUUUUUGUAACUUAAAGUAAUUACUGCUACUUUAUUUAUAUAUAUAUAUACCAUUGAAUCAUAAACAUUUAAUGAAAUUAUUCAAAUUUUAUUGUUUUGGUGUUGAUUUUUUUUUUUUUUUUCAGUUAGUACUGCACCUGUGAUAAUAUUUAUAAGGCUGACAGAAUGUACAUACCGUUUGUAAUUUUCAUCCAGUGUUUGAAGAUUAAUAUAUAAGGUUUGAAAUUCAGUUGUAGUUCUUUGAAAUUUAAUGCGAUCACAUUUCUGUUCAUGUAUUUGACUUUUUCUGAUUACUAAUAGUUGGGUUGGGGGUCGUCUUCUUUUUUUUCUUCUUCUUCUUUACAUUAACAAAUUACAAACGUACAUUUACAUGAGUCACAUUUAUUACAAUAAUAUUGUUGACUACCAAUGGAUUUUUCAAAAAAUUCAUUUACGAUAGUUAAAAAUACUUCACUGAAGUUCCAUAAACUUUUAUGAAACAUUAUUCCGUAGUUGCUUUGUAAGGAAAUUUACUGCUUUUGUUUGGCUGCUAAUUGCUUUAAUUGAAUGCAUCUUCUACCAUUUUGUGAACGACAUGGCAUAACAGUAAAAUAGCGAUAUCAAAAGAUAUAAAAUUCAAAAGAAUAAGAUGCAUUAAGCACAUGCCAAAAGCAUUUGAAUCUGUUAUCUACAUGUAGCUUUAAUGAAGUUUUUUCUGCAAAUGACUUUGUGUAAAAGGGUGUAUGUGCAAAACAAAGCUUUCAUCAGUAAUGUCAACAUGGUGGUAAUUAAUAAAACACAAAACAUGAAGUCCUAUCUUCACUUCCAUAUGUAGCCAACAACAAAUAAAGCAUUACAUGUAUCAUGUGGGGAAAUGAAAGAAGAGUACUAUCAAUCUGAAUUGAGGAAUAAUAUUUAUAAAUACAAAUUGUAAUGCACAUUUGGCAAUUUCUCCAAUAAUUAAAAACGAGAGAGUACAUUAUAACAUUUUGAAACAAGCACUGAAUAUGUAUUUACUGGCCACUUGAGUCUACAUUUUUGUUUUGUUUUUUAGAAACUUCAUGAUAGACAAAUGAAAAUCACACAAAAUGUGUACAUGUAGUUUGAGUCUCGACUGAAUUUACAUUUGGAUUCAGAUUAAAUUUUAGAAACACUUGUCAUACAUUGUAUAUGUAAUUUCAUUUAUAACUGAUAUUUUAAGAUAAAAAGGUAAAUAAAUAAUAAAUUGAGAAGUGGAAUUACCAGUAAUGUCUUAAUAUUUGUUGCAUUAUGUUUGUUUAUUGAUUAUUCGGAAUGCUUUUAAAGUCAUUUUCGCCUUAAUAAAUGGCCCUGUCUCAUCAUUACUUUAAAACGUAUUCAGGUUUGUAUUGUGUGAGAGGCAAAGUCUGUUGGCACAUUGCACAUGCCUGUGUGUUCAUAUCAAAUAAUGCUGUCACCAGUACUGAAAACCUCUUAUUUUGUUGUUUAUCCAAAUUCAUAUGUAUAGAAGAAAUUAUUUUAUCAAAUAAUGUACAAAUGCUCACAACCUGUUUUGUUAGUUUUGUAUUAGUUCUUCUGUGUAAUAAAUGUGUAUAUUUUAAAGAUAUAACUUAUAUAUAUUAAUGUACAUGUAUAUGACAUAUAUUAAAUUGCGAUAUAGUUUUUCAUUUUCAACUUGAAGUGGAUAUUUUAGUUCAUUGAAAUACUACUGAAGCAAUUGACAGUGACAAGUUGUAACAUGUUAGAGUGAACCCCCAGUGAUUUGAAUGCAUUACAUCAGUGUGUCACAUAACACAGUAUGAAUAUUGUGAGCACUGUCCUGUAUUUUUUUAAGUCUUUGUACAGUACAGAUCUGUCAAUGAAAGGUCACAGUAGCCUUUUAUUAUACAUAUAGGUGAGAUGCAUUUGUAUACCGUUGGGAUAUAGUUAAAGCACUCCUUAUAGGCAGGUGGCUGUCUUACAUGGUGCACUUUUAACAGAUCCAGCAGGGUAGAUUAACUGAUGGCUCUUACCAUGUGAUAAAAGUGAAUAUUUUCUUUUUAAGACAAUUUUCUCAAAAAAAUGUGCUUUUACAAUAAUUGUUAUACCACAAUUACAGGCCUUCUAAUGUGUUAGUAUUUUUUAUUCGAUCUAUUCUCUCUUAUUUGGCAAUGUACAUGUGUAUAUACAGAAAUGAAAAGGUCUUAGUGUUCUUUUCCAGGAAGUACAGCUUUUAGCACUAACCUACCCUUUGAUGGAAAGCUCAUAUUAACUCUCUAUUUUCGAAGACCAUGAAAAGUUGUUUUAAUUUUUAAUUUUUUUGUCCAGUGCCAUUUUUUAUCCCUGUAUAUGAAAACAUUUAUUUUUAUUGAUUGCAAAGCAUUUUUUAAAUGUCACAAAACAGUCGACACAAAUGUAUAAAAUAGCUACAACUGUUCCAAAAACGAUUCCCCAUUAACCAUUUAUUGCCACCUUUAUUUUCAUAUAGGUCAAACCAUGGAAGCCUUAUAUUUUAUACAUUAACAUAUUUCAUUUCUCUUUUAGCAUUUUGUGAAAAUUAUGUUACAGUGCUGUUAUUAUAACUGGAUGCUUUCACAUCAUUUGUAAGGCCUGUGAUUGGUUACAUGUUCGCAUUAUUCCUUUUAAAUUGACGUUUUAAAUGUUUUUAAUUUUAAAUUGUUAAAAUCUUUUCCAGUUACAACAGGUUCAAGAUUAACAUUUAUUUCUUACUUUGGUACUGGAUCAUCUUCACAUCCUGGACUAGUGUAAUACAAAUGUCUAUAUAUUUUAACAUCAGGUAAUAAACCAAGAAUGUUAAAAUGUUAAAAAUAUAUUGGAUUUUUCUUGACAAAGCUAUUCCAGAAAUGAUCACAAAAAGGAAAUUUGUUUCCAAACCCCACAAACCUAUAAAAUAAAAGGAAAUUAUUUUACCGUAACUGCAUUAAAAAUAUACUUGCUAACUUUGGAUUGCAAAAAAUAAUAAUGGUGUGGUUGAUAUUUCUGGAAUAUUCUUCAGGCAUAUACAAGUGAUUGUAAAAUAUGACAGAAUUUUGAUAAUUGUGUUAACAUGAAAUGUAUUCAACACCCAGUUAUUUCUACAGAUUUCACAUAAUGACCAAAUUAUUCAUUUUUUUCCCAUUUAGAUCAUAAAUCAUAUAUCAGUUGUUUAUAUCAUUGUUAUCACAUGUUUCCCCAACCAGAAUUAAAACAAAAGAAUUGUCA